UGGGUGGGUGUGUUCACGUCGCUGAUGUAAACAUAAAGGACCAUUUUGAUCGGAGAAAUCUUGAGGCCAGGGAAUGGUUAUACGUUCGAGCUUUUAUGAUAUCACAUAUGCAACGCUUUAAAUAACAUUCGCGCCAUGGAUUUCUAUAUCAGCCUGAAGGUGAAUUUCCGAGGCAAUGCGAAGAGUUUUUUGCUGUCUGGCUCAGAGACGAAGAGUUGGGAGUCAAUGGAGGCCAUGGUAAAGAAAGCUUUCGGUCUGUGUCAUUUACAGCUGACGUAUUUCGAUGAGGAAAAUGAAGAGGUAUCAAUUAACAGUCAAUUGGAAUAUGAAGAGGCCCUGAAGAGUGCUGCACGACAGGGAAACAGACUUCAAAUGAAUGUGUAUGAAACAAGGGGCGGUACAGCCAGGGUGCCCGGACCGGGUCCACCACCAGGGUCAGGGGUGGGAUUGGGGCAGGUGAAACCUGGCAGUGUUGGAGAACCCAAAAAAGGAUUUAGGCCUCCUCAGCACUGCCAUACUUUGGCACAGCUGGUGAGUCGCAAAGUUCAGGCUGCAGUCCCAGAGGAAGGAUUGGUACUUAUAAAUGAACCCAAAGGUGGAAAGGUGGAGGAUAAGACACCUCCAGCUUGGUUCACUUCAUAUAUGGAAAAGUUUAAGGACCAGGUAGUUAGAGAGGCCGUAGAGAAAAUUUGUAGGGAGUUUUCUGGACAAUGCUGCAUCCAUAAGCCAGUGGGAGCAGAGGCACAGAUUCCCGAGGUCACCUCAUCCACUCUUCCUGGAGCCCCAAGUUCAGCUCCAGCUUGCAGCAGCUGCCGGGGCCAGACGGCGGGUGGCGGAUACCAAUGCAGUGUGUGUACAUCGUGCACUUUGUGUGAGCCUUGCAGCUUCUCACACGAUCCAAGCCACAACCUUGUGAGAGCCAGAACCCCCCUGUCCAUUCCUGAGCAUGGUUCCCCGGCACCAGACCACAGCAGGUUCUACAGAAGGGGUGACCGGAGCUUUCGUAAGGCAGAGAAGCAACGUCUUAAAGCAGAGAAGAGACAGCUUAAAGCAGAAGUGAAGGAGAUCAGAAAACAACUGAGGAUGGAGAGGAGAGGGUUGCAGUGGAGUGCUGCUGGUGAGGGAAGCUCUUCGCCCGUCCUGCUGCAGCCGCGGGCCACACAGGCAAACAGCCCAGAUCGUCCUAAGCGUCCGUGUCCUCUGGCCGUGCCAGCGAUGACAGCUCUACUUCUAGAUGAAAACGUACCUGAUGGUUCACGUCUUCGUCCUGGGACCAAGUUCAUCAAAUACUGGAAAAUGAAGAACAGUGGCAGAGUGUGCUGGGACUCCGAGACCAAGCUAAAGUUCAUGUGGGGGAAUCUGGCAGUGGGUUCGAGUGAAAGAUGGCGAGAGGUUGCAGUACCCACAUUGCAGCCGGGUCAGGUGGGUGUGGUCAGCGUGGCUCUCUGCGCUCCAACACUAGAGGGCACAUACACUUCCCACUGGCGCCUGGCACAUAGAGGAGAACAGUUUGGACCGCGUGUGUGGUGCAGCAUUGUUGUGGAUCCAAAUGCUCCGACAGCUAUUUGUGCUGACGGACUACUGGUGUCUCCCUGUGUCACCCCGCAGGAGAAAUCUUCCCGCACAUUGGAGAGGGAGGAGAAAUGCCGGGCUGCCCCAAGGGACCAGCUGCUUUUAUCUGUGAACCAAGAUUGUGAUCAGGAAUUUUACAUUCCGUCUGUGGACUUACUAACAGCUCAGGAUCUGCUGUCUUUUGAACUGCUGGAUAUCAACAUUGUGCAGGAGCUGGAGAGCGUGCCAAACAACACUCCUGCAGACAUUACUCCAUGCAUAUCACCCCUGCCUCACGAUGGACCUCUUCAGGAGAAACCAACACUGGGGCUGAUCCAAGAAGAAACAGAAGCCCAAGGUGUCAGCACCAUCUUAGAUGUGGCCCAGGUGACAGAACCAGAGGGGGUUCCAGCCCAAGAGAAAGGUGAGGAGAGCAUCAUGGGGCCUCAGUUUGUGAGUCCAUCUGUGAUCCGCUCACUUACUCUCUGUGAAGCUACAGAACAUGGUACACUUUGUGAGCGAUGCCCAGCUAAAGUGGUUCGUCCAGCACCUCAAGGUUCAGUGUCACUUUGUGAGAGAAAAGCAGAGAAAGUUUCCGAUCCUGAGGUAAUAUCAGCUCCGCUCAAAGUAGAGACAGCACGAGUCUCCGCCCCUGCUCAGCCCCACACAGAGACCGCUGAGAUACCUGCUCCCCUUUUAGCCGUUUCAUCCGUGCUCAUUGCCUCAGAUGAGGGUCACGAAUCAGACAUUGAACAAAUCCUGGUAGAACCUGCAAUUGGGGAGCAGGUGGAGGAAGAAGAGGAGGAUGUCAAUACGAAACUGGAAGUAAAGGACGCGGCUAAGGAAAUUCGCAGCAGAACUUCAUCCGCCUCUUCGGAAGACUACAUCAUCAUCCUUCCCGAUUGCUUUGACACCAGCCGUCCGCUGAUAGAGUCCAUGUACAGCUCAGCCCUGUCCCAGCCCGAAGAAGAGGCUGUGGUGGGAGAGAAACUGGAAUCGGUGGUGACCUCAGAGCUCGAGAGCCCCACUGAUGUGGUUAAUGCAGAUGCUAAUGAUAUGCUCUGUGCUUCACAAACUCUGGACACUGUGCCACUCACUCCUGUGAUUGUAGUGGCACCCAGACCCACAGUCAAAACCUGCACAGAGGUGGAGAACGGAGCAGACGAAGGAAAAGGUCCUGGCGCACCAGAAGACCUCAAUGAGAAAGAUGCUGAAGUUAAUAAAUCCGACCCUGAGAACGCAUCUGUAACUAUAGCUGCAAAGUCUGAGACAGAAGAGCUCCGAGCUAAUAGCAUCACCGGUGGACUGGUGAAGGGAGCUCUGUCUGUAGCAGCAUCUGCCUAUAAAGCACUGUUUACUGGACAGACUGGUUCUGAGAAGCUUCCAGAAGAUGCAGCAUCUCAUGAUGCCAUGAUGGCCGUGUUGGUAGAGAUGGGCUUCGGUGACCGAGCACUGAAUCAGCAUCUGCUUCAGAAACACAACUGCAACCUGCUGGACGUGGUAAAUGAACUGGUGCAGAUGAGCGACAACGACUGGUACACCAAGCGCUACUGAGACGAUUGCUCUGUUUCUAUAAUUUUUCACUUCUGUUUCUCUUCUUCUGUGCAAUCAGCAGCCUAUUACUUGAUAAAGACUCUUGUUCUGUCUGGGUUGUGAAGAUGAUGUGUGUGAAUCUGUCUGCACCAAUGUGUAAUGGAUAAUCAUUAGUGAACCAGCUCAUCACCAUAAUAAUCGUGCUUGUUAAAGUUUUCAUUAGUGGGCAUUAAUGUUAUUAUAAAGAUGAUCAUGGGUAGCUAAGGAAUGAACAAUAAUACAGUGUAUAAGUAAGUAAGAUUCCAAAACAAUCAAAAAUGUUAUGCUUUAAAUGAAACGACGACUUGAAAGAAUAGUGUACUACUUUAUCAGAAAUCAUUCUUUUAGUUAUGCAAGUGUGAAAAGCGAUUUGAUUAUUUAUAUAUAAUAUUUAAACGAGUCAUCUCUGUACCAAGGUAAAAACGUUUAAGAGCAGUAGAUUUGGCUUUGUGUGGACUCAUGUGGUCUUAAUUAUAAGCCAAGACCAAAUAGAGAAACUCUUGUCUUAACACGGACACAAGAUGACACAAUUGCUCUAGUGGAAAAGUCAUUAUUCUGUUUCUUUAUUUUAAACUCUCUUUAAUUUUUAACGUAUUAGGGCACAUAUAGCACUUUGUGAAUGCGAUGCUAUUUAUGUCUAAAAAAGGUUUUGGCUUGAAGUAGCAAUGCAUUUGAAUAGUUUAAAUGGUACUGUGUAGUUUAAAUCGAUGCUUUAAGGGUUUAAAAGCAGCAGAGGCAAUCAUGAAAUGGAUUUAACUCCAAUUUAAAGAAAAUGGUGAGAGACCUAAAAAAACAUAUUCUUCAUUCCAAAACCAGAAAACUGAAUCAUGCAAAUUAGAUAUAUUUUGAUAAUUAAAUAGCUCUUGUAUUUAGUGUAUUAAGGAUUAUAUCUGAAAGCUUUUCUUCGAUGGGAGAUUUUGAAACUACCUAAUGUCUAGAGUUGAACAGCAUUCCGUGUUAAACAUUCAGCGUCUCCUCAUUUGCUAAGAUUCUUGCAUUUUUCAGAAAGUGGAACUUUUAAGAAUUUCAUUAAAUCACCAACUGCUUGUUUUUCAAGUGCUAUUCUUUAUUUGUAUGUUUUUUAGUACAUGUAUUUAUUCCAUAGGAAAGCAGUAGUUUGGAUUUAGGUGGAACUGUUCGGAUCAUUUGAUUCUAAAGCAUAUUCUAGUAUGCUCUUCAUACUGUCUGCUCAUGUCAUGGGCAUAUAUCUAACAUCUGUCUGUAAUAAAUAUACUAAAAUCAUG